GGACGGUGACUGAUCAUCCUGAACAAUAGAAGUUCAGCAGCAGGUGAUAAAUUUUCUACCGAAUUAGUCACCUUCUGCCAAGAAUUCAGCCCUACCGUGCAUGAACUGAGAAGGCUGUUGGCAGUGAAACUGGGGGCUAUGAGCUGGCAUAAAGUGAGCGGAAAGUUGCAGAAAGAGGACUGUCGGAGAGAACACUGCGAGUGGAUGCAUCUUAGUAAUGCGAGCUACCGAAAGGCCGUUGACGAGCUGGCUGACGGAAUAAAAGCAGCAUUUCCAGCGCGUGUGGAUACAGCAAAGAUUGGCAACUGUAGCCAGACCAGAGAUGAAUGUGUUCAGGACUUUUACCACCGCUUGUACCUGAUUUUCAGCAAACACAGCGGGUUGGAGGAACCAGAUGAAAGAGGAGAUCAAGCUGGCACAUGGGAGUGUCACAUGCGGAGCUGGUUUUUGAAUGGACUGAGACCUGAAAUUGCACAAGCAGUAAAGACCAGCUACAUAGAGUGGAAAAGUGGACGGCUGUCUGCUGUUUUGGCACACGCUUUGCAUGCAGAGGAGAUGCAGACGGCGAAGAAGGAAAGAGUUAAAGCCAAGACCAACAGAGAGUGGCAGCUGGCAUUUGUGCAAGCCGUGUCGAAGCCGGGGGGCUAUUCUGCGCAGCAAAACCAGCAAUCGAAAUGGGGAAGAUGGAAAAGAGGAGGAGGAAGAUAUCCGAACGAAACUCUGAAAGAUGGGGCUGUCGGAUCUGCAAGACUGAUGAACAUGAGAUAUCGAAUUGUACCAGAUGCAGACUGUGCAAAAAGGACGGCCAUUGGGCGAAGGAUUGCCCGGAGAACCGGCGAAAUCAACAGGCAGACUGAAGCGAGGGAGACGGAGAGCAGAGAGGAGGGGUCCCGGGCGAGCAACCAACAGUCACAAGUGAAAGCUGCUCAGGAGAAGGUUGCUGAAAUUCCACUGCACAACCUGAAACCAGGAGAUUUCGUGAUGGUACGAGAUCUGAGGAGAAAGAGCAGGAAGGCGAAAAGGUGGCUGGGACCGUUCCAGGUGCUUCUGACCACUCACACGGCUGUGAAGGGAGCAGAGAGACCAACGUGGAUCCAGGCUACCUGCAUCUGAGGAAGAGGAGCCGAGGGAGUAAGGAUCUGGAGACACACAUGUCAACAAGGCCAAGAAUCCAGCCUAAACAUCAAGCAUCCUUAUCAGCGGGAAGAGCAAGGUUAAGACUGAAAAACAGCAUCGAAGUAGUCUGUGCACAAGUGAAAAGAUAAAUAUGAGCAUCAUAGUUGGGUACAUCAUGUUGUUAUCAUAUUCCAGACUACAGUGACAAUGUUAUCAAUAUCAUCACACACAUGAGAAUGGCUGUAAAAGAGCCUGAACGUACACAUAAUGCUGCUAAAUGAUUUUUGCUGCUAUUUUGUCUACCAUGUAUUUUUUAGUUGAUAUCCAGCUCAGUACAGAGACUGGUGAAGCUUACCAUUUAACAUCAAAUGGUUCAAAUGACUGUGUACAAUGAAGACGUUAUCAUGGAUUUGAGUAGGGAGAAAACUACUGAUGGAGGGACAAACAGUAGUGGAAGCUACAGUGAAAUGUGUUAAAUGUAUGAGAUUUAUGAGAUUUUUUUCUUUGAAGUAAGUAAUGUUCAGGCCUAUCUGAAUCUAUACUGUUUGCUUGCUUGAAAUAGGGUCUGUCCCCAUAUAAAAAGCCUUGGCAUAUUUUCUAACUUCUUUUACAAACUUAAGAGGGUGAUCAUUUAUGAGAAAAGCAGGGAUGAAGAGUAUAAAUGUGAUGAUAUGCCUUAAGUUUGCUUUAUUUUGAAUUAUGCUUGUAUUCUUGAGUGUGAAUUUUUUGAUUUUAGAUUGUGUUUGUAUCUGCGACGUGACUGAGGGUCUGACUAAAUGUCAGGAAUGCAGUAGAAGUGACUUACUCGUUUAGCCCGGCGCCCAGAGCAAACAUAAUUUUAAGUGUGUAGUGAAAGUAUAACCAGAAUGAAUUUUUAUGUUUUAUUGAUCAAUUAAUGAUAAAAAAAAAAUUUGUGGUGGAAAAAAUUCAUUGAACAUUGCUUCUGUAUACCUAUAUAUGCAUGUGUUUUCUUAGAAUUGCUGUGUGGUUCAGAAGGGUGACACCUGGGGGGAAAACAAAUGUCUGAGUAUGACCUGAGAGGGUCAUUGGGCCAUAUAGUGGGGGGACAAUGUCUGAGGAUGGCCUGAGGGGGUCACCUAAGUCCUAAAUGUGUGAGAAAACAGCCCAUAGAGAGUGUUCCUUGUUAUGUGUGGAAAUUUACAGCUGCUGAGACUCUGUAACCUUGGAAGCAGCAGAGGUAUAUAAGGUGGAGGACUGCCCUCUUCCUGGGUUGGUUUCACUCUGCAGGAACUCAGUGUUGCUGUAUGAUUGUCUGACCUUCUUUAUAAAGAAUAAAAGCUUUUUGUUAAUUAUA